AUGAAGGAGCGCGACGCCGCCGAGAUCACGGUGCCCAAGACGGAUCUCGCCAGCUUCACCGCCUUCAUCGACUACCUCUGCACCGACCAGCUCGACCUCGGCGAGGGGGAGGGCGAGCAGGCGCGGCGCGCGCUCGUGCUGCGGGAGCUGGCGCAGAUGUACCAGGUGCCGCGCCUCGAGCUGCUCUGCGCGCAGGCGCUGCAGGAGAGCGUCGGGCCGGCGAGCGCGGUGCCGCUGCUCGAGGCGGCGCACACGACGGGCGACGGGCGGCUCCUCGCGCAGUGCCGCCGCUUCGUGGCCGACCACGCCGCCGAGGUGCGGGCGAGCGGCGGCGUGGAGCAGUUGCGCGACCUGGGCGUGGCCAAGGGGCUGCUCGGCGACGCGCUCGACCAGGUGGCGGAGCUGAAG